AUGGAGAAAGCAAGGUGCCGAUGGCGGACAGGCCUGGUGGCCCUGGUUGGGAGGUACAUGAUGGCUACGGUGCGACCCCGGCCGGAGCACCACGUCGAUCUGAUGGCCUCCUGGCCUCCUGGCCCGGCAAGGGGGACAUGGCGAGAGCGCGAGCCGGGGAGUCAAGAGGGCCGGGUUUCGCGGGAGGCAGCUGUCGUGCUUCGGUCGAACCUGGCGCGGAUUCGGUUGGGUGUCCCUUGUGCCGAGCUGGCACAGGGGACAGACACGAGAAGUCAAUGCCGGCACGCAUAUUUUGUGCACCAGCAGAAGCCCAAUGUCAAACAGAGCAGCCCACUGGGCACCCAAGGGGACGGGUUGGAAGAGGGCCGACGGGCAGACACGGGCAGACACGGGCAGCGAACGGCGACGCGUCUUUGCCCGGCUGGUGACACUCCACUAUGGCCUCAUUUCCCUAGCAGCUUCUAG